CUAAUCUAAACUUUCCAAACAUUUUCAUGGCUAAUCUGCAAGAGCAAGAGUACCUUUUACUCUUACCCUUUUUUCUGGCUUCCAUCAUCCUGUUCCGAACCAUAUUUAAUAAGGUUCAGAACAAGGCUCCUCUUCCACCAAGUCCACCAGCCCUUCCUAUCAUAGGACACAUACACCACCUUAUACCUCACCAAGCAUUUCACAAGCUCUCAACCCGCUAUGGACCCUUAAUCUACUUCUUCAUUGGCUCAAAACCUAGUGCUCUUGCUUCCACCCCAGAUGUUGCAAAAGAAAUCCUGAAAACCAAUGAAGCUUAUAUUCUGAACCGCCCCAAAGUAGCUAACCUUGAUUUCCUAACAUAUGAGCAGCUGAGUCAUGUCAGGCACGAGGAGAUAAGGCGGUUUCUAAGGCUAAUGCUAAAGAAAUCUAUGGCAGCUGAGGCAGUGGAUGUUGGAGCAGAGCUUAUGAGGUUAGCAAACAAUAUAAUGUCAAGAAUGCUAUUGAGGCAAAGGUGUUCAGAUAGCAAAAGUGAAGCUGAUGAAGGAUUUGGGAAAAGGCUUAAGGAUGCCCACAACAGGUUUGACUUGAUGAUGGAGAGGAUCAUGAAGGAGCACGAGGAUGAGAGGAACAAGAGGAAUGAAAAGGCUGUGGAUGGUGAUCAUGCAGCUGAGAAAGACAUACUCGAUAUUUUGCUCGAUAAAUAUGAAGAUGAGAGAUCAGAGUUGAGAUUGACCAGAGAAAACAAGAAGGCUUUCAUUAUGAAUAUAUUUCGGGCUGGAACAGACACAUCUUCUGCCACAGUAGAAUGGGGCCUGUCAGAGCUGAUCAAUCAUCCAGAUGUGAUGGAGAAGGCCAGACAGGAAAUUAAUAUUGUAGUUGGAAAGAACAGAGUAGUAGAGGAGUCAAAUUUUGCAAACCUUCCUUAUCUUCAAGCUGUAAUAAAGGAAGUCUUAAGGCUUCACCCAACUGGACCCUUGGUUGUGAGAGAAUCAUCAGAAGACUGCACUGUUGCAGGAUACAGAAUUCCAGCAAAAACCCGAGUUUUUGUUAACUUGUGGUUAAUAGGAAGGGAUCCAAACCACUGGGAAAACCCAAGAGAAUUUAGGCCAGAGAGGUUUCUAAGUGAGGAGUGGAAUCCAGAGAUUCCCAUGCUGGAUUUGAGGGGGCAGAAUUUUCAUCUGUUGCCAUUCGGGAGCGGAAGAAGAAGCUGCCCUGGAGCCACAUUUGCUCUGCAGUUUGUUCCAACAACCCUUGUUGCAAUUAUUAAGUGUUUUGAACUUAGAGUUGGUGAUGGAGGGAAUGGUCCUGUUGACAUGGAUGAGGGACCUGGACUAACCCUUCCAAGGGCUAAUUCCCUUGUUUGUGUUACUGUAGCUAGGCUAAAUCCAUUUCCAUCAAUCUAAUUAUAGGAUGUCAUGCACUAUAUGCUUGAUUUCAUGCACUGUUGCUUGGGUAUAUAUAUUUUGUAUUGGAAGAACAGUACACAAUUGUGUUUAUCUUUUCCAUACACAUUCUUUUUCAAGGUAUCAAAGCCGAUUUUACAUAAUGGUUACAGUUAAUCUACAUAACACUUGAUUCAAUUUUAUAAAACGAAAUAAGAUGA